AUGAAAUCUCAAUUAACAAUUUAUGCAGCAUUAUUGCUGUUUAUCUUGACUUUUACUCAAUUUAAUGUUAUAACAUUUGCCAUUGAUCCCUGUCUUGAAUUAACCGAUGAUUAUAACUCAUAUAAACUUUCCAAUUGUCAACCAGUCAAGAACAAAAGAAACAAAAGAGAUACAUAUAACAAGCGUCAGCGUCAGUCAGAUAUCUUUCGUAUAGAAACUGGUGUUAGUUGUAAGAAAUACUGUAGUAAAAUUAAAAAUAUCUUUCUUAAAGCCGGAAGAAGAAUAUCUAAAGUGUUGACAUUAAAUCCAGAAGAACCAAUUUAUGUAUAUGUUGUAUUGAAGCCAUUGGAUCGAAUAAAAAAUUUAGCUAGUACUACGCCUAAUAAAUUCAUGCCAUUAAUCUCUGAAGACAGAAAAACUAGACUUUAUCCUCAAGCUCUUGUAAAACAAUUUGAUUUGGAAUUUCAUUCUGAAUAUGCACAUUACGAUAUUGUUUCAAAAGUUAAUUCAGAUAUUAAUUGGUGGUGGGGUGAUGGCCAAAUUAAACCUAAUCAAUAUGACCUUGAACUUGUAGCCUUGCACGAAUUAAUACAUGGACUCGGUUUUAAAUCAAGUUGGACGAGUAAAGCUGAAAGUUAUAGUUAUGAGGCAACUGGUCUUACUCCAAUUUGGUAUUAUUAUGAUAUCAAUUGGUCAUGGAAGUUUGCUGGAUUUUUUGAAACUAUUUUCGAUAGACAAGUUAAUUUCAAAAAUUUCAAUCGGAUAAGCAAUUUCAUAAUUAAUAAUACACCGACAAAAUCAUAUUAUUACGUGUCAAAAUUAAAUUCUACUAAACCUUUUAAUUUCACCAACAAAUUAAUUGCUUCUAAAGAAUGGAAGUAUGCAAAACAUAUUCUCGCAGAAGCAACUACUACACAUGCUAUCACUUUCGAACCUUUAAAACAUACGGAAGUGAAGGGUCCUUUCUACUUAGAAACAAGUCUUAAACCAUUUAUUGAAGGUGUUAACAUAAUUAACCUUAGUAAAGAAUAUAAAAAUUCUGCAGAUUUUUUAAUGACAUAUCCGUUCAUUAAAGGAUCUACACUUGAUAGUAUUGUCAAAAACGGAAAUUAUGAAUCACCUUUUGGACCAAAAACUAUUGCUAUACUUGAAUCAAUGGGAUAUUCAACACCCAAACAUCCAUAUCCCACUUUACCCACAUUUACUUUUUCAUAUAAAUAUCUCAAUAAUAAACAACAUUUCGAGGGUUGGGAAAAAUAG